GUCAGCAUCUAGAGAGUAUGUAUGAAGAGACCAACAAAAAUGAGCAUAUUCAUUUCUAUAGGCAGCCUGAGAAUUGAAUAACUUCCUGAAAAAAGUUUUUUUUCAUGCUGGAGGUUUUUUUUUUGUUUUUUUUUAAUGCUUCAGAUUUCCUGAUAACAGUUUAGAACCAGGCUGCUUCCUCACUGAAACACAACUCUCUUCACACUUGAGUAACAACUGAAAGUGAAAGAUAGUAGAUGGAAAUGAUCGAAAAUGAUAUAUAUUCUUCAGCACAAAUUACUACUGCACCCCAAACCCAGAGGGACUAUAGACCACGACAAAACGAUUCUCUCUGGUCCCCUCUCUUCCGCUUGGUGGUAAUACCUCUGUGGCUUCUGGCUGCUGUUCUUUUGAGUUUGCUGAUAUAUAAAUGGAGUCUGUGCAUUGGCUCCAGCUGCGCUAGCUGCCCUAGCUGCCCAGACUUCUGGAUGAAGCAUGGGAAUAAUUGCUACUACUUCUCAUUAGAGAAAAAGACCUGGAAUUCUAGUCUGGAAUUCUGCUUAGCUAAUGACUCUAAUCUGUUCAUGCUUACAGACAGCAAGGAAAAGCAACUGCUCAAAAAUAUCUUAAAUUUUAACUUUUACUGGAUUGGUCUGAGGAAAAAUCUUAACUGGAGGUGGUUAGAUGGAUCAGCGAUAGACUCCUCAAGGAUUUUUACUAAUAGCUUGGUGCAGAACUGCGGUGCCAUCAACCAAGAUGGUAUCCAUGCGUCUAGUUGUGAAUUUCCUUUACAGUGGAUCUGCAAGAAGUCCAGACUUUGAUGUCUGGUCAUAUCUGUCACAUCCUAUUCCCCUACAAAGAAGGAGCUGGAUAUGGAUAGCCAUGAACUUUCUAGCACAUGGCAUUAGAUGUAACAAUCUACAGCCCCUCAGGAAUGAAUGAUUUACUGGUGAACUCUCUGUGAAAAUAUUUAGAUAUUGUCACUGGCUGAGGGAAACAGCUCAACUGGUAGAGUGUCAGACUGAGGUUACUGGUUCAGUCCUCAGCACCAAAGCAGUGGUGCUUUGAUUUGUCUCUCAUUUUCUAUAUAUCAUAUGAGACUCUUGUCUCUCAAAUGUAAUAAAUAAAAUAAAUCUUAAAAAAGAAAUAUUUAGAUGUCUCAACAGUUUAAAGAUCAGAUUCAGGCAAGUGUGUAAUAGUUUGUUUUUAGAGUUUCUCUAUCCAGUGACUACUGCUACCUUGUUCAUGCCACCCACAUCCAUCAAAAGUGCAGUAUUCUGUGGGCUGGGGAAAUAGUAUAAUUGUUAUGCAAAAAGACUUAAAUGCCUGAGGUGCCAAAAGUCUCAGGUUUAAUCCCCAUUACUACCAUAGAGCUGAGCAACACUCUAGUAAAAAAAAAAAAAAAAUUAUAUUUUAUUUUAAUCUGAUCUGAUAAACUCUGUGCAAAUAUUUAAUUGUUAAAUGUGUAAAGAUUUUUAUAUGUCUUGGUGAGUCCACAUGUUGCUAUCACUGGCAAUAUAUUUUUAUCUUGACAAUAGUCCUUUGCAGAUAAAGA